AUGUCGCGCGUGCUCGCAGAACUCAAACGUUCAGAGACACCCGUUAAGGCCGAGCACUCUCCAUCACCCAAACCCGAGCCUGGUCUCGAUGUCAAACCGGAUUUACGCGGUCGGAAACGGCUGAGCGACAUGACUCUUGACGACCUCGACGACCGCGACACAAAGCGGCCUGCGCGGGCAGAUAGCUCCCCAGAACCGGAGGAGUCUGGCAACUUGCCACCUGAACUGCUCUCACAUAUUCGCUCUACUUCGAGCUCUAUUCAGCCGGCUGCGGGCGAACCGACAAAUAUGGAGGCCGCAGUACAAAGCGGCAUUGCAUUGUUACGCGCUGGAGAUAUACGACGGGGACUAGGAGGAGGAGGCUUCCGUGUCAACUAUGACCGUGAAGGUCCGCUCACGCAGAUGGAUUAUGGUGGACCGGACCAGGAGAAGAGGCUGGCAGAGUUUGUGUCGAAGACUCUUGACCAUUUCGCUUCGCAGAUGACCAUCGCGCAGGGUAUGCAGUAUCUGGGUCUUAAGACGCAGAGAGACUUGCUGCCUGGACUAGAAGUCCGCCUACUACCACAUCAGAUCAUUGGCGUUGCAUGGAUGCUCAUGCAAGAACGCAAUGACCACGACCGCGUGUUCGAGAUUAAGAGUGGAGCUCAUAGGCCGAAGUGGAUGGGCGGCAUCCUUGCAGACGAGAUGGGUCUCGGCAAGACCGUGCAGAUGAUUGCGACUAUGGCCAUGAACAUGCCUGGUAUUGACGAGGAGAUCAAAACGACGCUCAUCAUCGUUCCCGCUGCACUAUUACACCAGUGGAAGGAAGAACUUGAGAGCAAGGCUAAUGGCCUCUUCGACGUUCACAUCCACCAUGGCAAGGACAAGCUGAAGAGCGUCGAAGCCAUGAAGUCCAAAGACGUAAUCCUCACGACGUACCAGACCAUCAACCUCGAAUACACGGUACCGCCCGACGUUGAAGACGAGGAGCGGCUGGCGUAUCUCCAGCAAGGCAACGCCGUGCUGCCCAAGAUGAAGUGGUACCGCGUCAUUCUCGACGAGGCCCACUUCGUUCGCAACCGUUCAACGAACGCCAGCAAGACCGUCGCGCUCGUCCGGUCCAAGUACCGCUGGAUGCUCACAGGAACGCCCAUCAUCAACUCUCUUGCUGACAUCUACGGUCUUCUGCGCUUUGGAAAGUUCCGUCCCUGGAACGACUGGAUGUCCUUCAACGACCACGUCGCUCGAGUACAGAACGACGACGCACCUUUGGCUGGCGCUCGUGCGCAAGAGAUCAUCAAGCCCAUCCUUCUUCGUCGCUCCAAGAACGCUAUGCUUGAAGGAGAGCCGCUGCUCAAGCUUCCGCAGAAGCAUAUCAACAUCGUCACGGAGGAGUUCUCCGCGGAGGAGCGCGAGAUAUACGACCAUCUCGAAGGACGCGCGAAGAUGCAGAUCAACAGGUUCAUUCGCGCUGGGACGCUUGUCAAGAACUCGGCGUUCGUGCUUGUGCUGAUUCUGCGCCUUCGUCAAUUGUGCUGCCACCCUAAUCUCAUUCUGGACCAAGCUGGCGACGGCGAGGAUGGCACUGAGAUGAUGUCGACCGAUGCGGAUAAGGAGGUCAGUCGCGCGACGAAAGAGAUGGGCAAACGCUGGGUUGAGGAAGUCAAGCGAAACUUUCUCGGACGCGCCCGCUCCAAGCAACUGGAUUGGACGGACGGGUCGAGCGAUGCGGACAUGUAUUGCCCGCAGUGCUCGGACCCGUUUAUCGGGACCAACGGGCGCAUCUUGGCCUGUAAACACGAGAUCUGUCUUGACUGUUUGCUCAACCUGCAGAACUCGAACAUCGAGCAUAACGGCGUCUUCGGUCAAGGCGACGAGAAGCAGAAUGCUCAAGUUGAGAAGAAGUUUGAGGAGGCUUAUGCCAAGGGCCUUCGUCCUUGUCCGUUCCCGAAGUGUGGCGCCAUGAAUGACCUCCGUCCGCAUCGCGUCUUCCUCAGCAACGCCUUCGAGCCCUCCGAAGACGAGAUCGAAGAUUUCGCCGCCGACGAGCGCGCAAAGAAGAGCGCGGCCCGCUCGCGCGGUCGUGCGACUGGUCCUCCCGUCAAGGCUGCACCCGCCCCAGUGAAGAGGGAGCAGAAGAAAGUCACUCUCGAGACCCUCGAACUCUCGGACCUCAGCGAGUCGGACGACGAUGAUAUGCCUGACAUCAGCUCUAUUGUGCAAGCCUCGGCGAAGAAGGAGAAGCUGACACCGACGAAGAAAGAGAAGGGGAAGGUUAAGGAUGAGUUUGGGUUCGACGAUAUGGAGGACGAGGAUGAGGACGAGCUGGACUCGGACGAAGACGUGUUUGCCAAAGGCAGGAAGGGCAAAGCUCCCGCCCGUGGACGCAAGAGCAACGCGAAGGACGGACAAGGCCCCAGCAGGGACAUGCUCGAUACUUGGCGCCGCGGCGACUACGAUCUUGAGCCCAGCACCAAGAUGCUCGCGAUGAUCCGUCUCUUGAAGGAGGCAGAACAUGCUGGCGACAAGACCAUCGUUUAUUCACAGUGGACGACCAUGCUUGACCUUGUUGAGCACUUGUUCAAUCGUUAUGGUAUCCGGAGCCUGCGCUACGAUGGUAGCAUGACCCGCGAGAACCGCGAGAGGGCCAUCAUCGAGUUCCGUCAUGCAGGUAGCCCCAAGGUCAUCCUCAUCAGCACCAAGUCUGGCGGUGUCGGUCUGAACUUGGUUACUGCGAACCGCGUCGUAAACUUGGACCUGAGCUGGAACUAUGCCGCCGAGAGCCAGGCUUAUGACCGUGUGCAUCGGCUGGGCCAGGACAAGGAGGUCUUCAUCAGCCGUCUGGUUGUCGCCAAUACCAUAGAAGAGCGCAUGCUGCGUCUGCAGGACGUCAAGACGGGACUUGCGGAUGCUGCGCUCGGAGAGGGUUCAGGUCUCAAGCUGAACAAGCUCAGUGUGAAAGAGAUAAAACAUCUCUUCGGUAUCACACGCCUACCCGACCCACCGACCGCGGAUCCCAACCAAACGACUAUGAACCGGCAAGCCCAGCUUCAGCCUCGUUAG